AUGGGACAGAGACACCCCCAGUGCUGUCUGGCGAGGAUGAACAAACAGGUCCAGCCCGAGCGCAAAGUGUCGGUGGUGGCCCCCUUGCCGGACCGCGCGGGGCCGCCGCCGCCGCCCAAGAAGGACGUGGAGCUGCUGCUGGUGAAGGAGCACAACGGGGUGCAGUACACCAGCAGCAGCCUCCUGCCCGCCGCCCCCGCGCCGCGCUACGGCACCCAGGACAGAGAGACCUGGGGCAAGAAGAUCGACUUCCUCCUCUCCGUCAUCGGCUUCGCCGUGGACCUGGCCAACGUCUGGCGAUUUCCAUACCUCUGCUACAAAAAUGGAGGGGGUGCUUUUCUUAUUCCCUACAUCCUCUUCUUAAUCAUUGCUGGAAUGCCCCUGUUCUAUAUGGAAUUAGCACUGGGACAAUAUAACAGAGAAGGGGCUGCCACUGUCUGGAAAAUCUGUCCAGUUUUCAAAGGUGUAGGCUAUGCAGUGAUACUCAUAGCUCUUUAUGUGGGUUUCUACUACAACGUUAUCAUAGCCUGGUCUCUGUAUUAUCUAUUUUCAUCAUUCACAUUUGAGCUCCCCUGGACAAACUGCCACAACAGCUGGAACAGCCCAAACUGUACAGAUCCAAAACUCUUCAAUGCAUCAGUGCUUGGCAAUGGUACUAAAUACUCCAAGUACAAGCUCACUCCUGCAGCUGAAUUUUAUGAGAGGGGAGUUCUGCACCUGCACGAGAGCCGUGGAAUCCACGACCUUGGCUUGCCCCGCUGGCAGCUCUCCCUCUGCCUCUUGGUGGUGGUAAUCAUUCUUUUCUUUAGUCUCUGGAAAGGAGUGAAGACUUCAGGAAAGGUUGUUUGGAUAACAGCCACUUUGCCUUAUGUUGUAUUAUUUGUCUUAUUAAUACAUGGGAUAACCCUGCCUGGUGCAUACAAUGGAAUAAAUGCAUACCUGCAUAUAGAUUUCAGAAGAUUAAAAGAAGCCACAGUAUGGAUUGAUGCAGCCACUCAGAUAUUUUACUCCUUAGGAGCUGGGUUUGGUGUUUUAAUUGCAUUUGCCAGUUACAAUAAGUUCGACAACAACUGCUACAGGGAUGCUUUGCUGACUAGCACCAUCAACUGUGUCACAAGCUUCAUCUCAGGAUUUGCCAUUUUCUCCAUAUUGGGCUACAUGGCUCAUGAGCACAAAGUUAAAAUUGAGGAUGUAGCUACUGAAGGAGCUGGUUUAGUUUUCAUCCUGUACCCAGAGGCAAUUUCAACUCUUUCAGGAUCUACAUUUUGGGCUGUGGUGUUCUUCAUCAUGCUCCUUACACUUGGCAUUGACAGUUCUAUGGGUGGGAUGGAGGCUGUCAUCACUGGCCUGGCAGAUGAUUUCCACCUUCUGAAGCAGCACAGAAAGCUCUUCACCUUUGGUGUUUCUUUUGGCACUUUCCUACUUGCUCUUUUUUGCAUUACCAAUGGUGGAAUUUAUGUGCUCACACUUCUGGACACAUUUGCAGCUGGGACUUCAAUAUUGUUUGCUGUCCUAAUGGAGGCAAUUGGAGUUUCCUGGUUUUAUGGAGUGGACAGGUUCAGUGAAGACAUCCAACAAAUGAUGGGCUUCAAACCAGGCCUCUACUGGAGACUGUGCUGGAAGUUUGUUAGUCCUGCUUUUUUAUUGUUUGUGGUGAUAGUCAGCAUAAUAAAUUUCAAGCCCCUGACCUAUGAUGACUACACCUUCCCUCUGUGGGCAAACCGCAUUGGCUGGGGCAUAGCCUUGUCCUCCAUGAUCCUCGUGCCUGCCUACAUCAUCUACAAAUUCAUGAACGUGCGUGGGACCUUUAAAGAAAGACUGGCUUACUGCAUCACACCUGAAAACGAGCACCAACUCGUGGCCCAAGGAAAUGUCAGGCAGUUUAAGCUCCAACACUGGCUAACAAUAUGACAACCAAC